AUGCCAAACAUCCCCAACAACCAGUUAGGCAGGAGCCAAGAGGAGUGGUGGGGAAAUAAACUAGAAUACGAUGAGCUGCCCCAUUACGGCGGGAUGGACGGAGUAGGGGUUCCCGCUUCCAUGUACGGAGACCCUCACGCGCCGCGCCCGAUCCCCCCGGUUCACCACCUAAACCACGGGCCGCCGCUCCACGCCACGCAGCAUUACGGCGCGCACGCCCCGCACCCCAAUGUCAUGCCAGCCAGCAUGGGAUCUGCUGUCAACGACGCCUUGAAAAGAGACAAGGACGCGAUCUACGGGCACCCGUUGUUUCCUCUGUUAGCACUGGUCUUUGAGAAGUGCGAGCUGGCGACCUGCACUCCCCGGGAACCCGGAGUGGCCGGCGGAGACGUCUGUUCCUCCGACUCCUUCAAUGAGGACAUCGCGGUCUUCGCCAAGCAGGUUCGUGCUGAAAAGCCUCUUUUUUCCUCAAACCCAGAGCUGGAUAAUUUGAUGAUACAAGCAAUACAAGUACUAAGGUUUCAUCUUCUGGAGUUGGAAAAGGUCCACGAACUGUGUGAUAACUUCUGCCACCGGUACAUCAGUUGCUUGAAGGGGAAAAUGCCCAUUGACCUCGUGAUUGACGAGAGAGAUGGAAGCUCCAAGUCAGAUCAUGAAGAACUUUCAGGCUCCUCCACAAAUCUCGCCGACCACAACCCUUCAUCCUGGCGAGACCACGAUGAUGCGACCUCAACUCACUCAGCAGGCACCCCAGGACCCUCCAGUGGGGGCCAUGCUUCCCAGAGUGGAGACAACAGCAGUGAGCAAGGUGAUGGGUUAGACAACAGUGUAGCUUCACCUGGCACAGGUGAUGAUGACGAUCCAGACAAGGACAAAAAACGCCAGAAGAAAAGAGGCAUCUUCCCCAAAGUCGCGACAAAUAUCAUGAGAGCGUGGCUGUUCCAGCAUCUCACACACCCGUACCCUUCCGAAGAGCAGAAGAAACAGUUAGCGCAAGACACAGGACUGACAAUUCUCCAAGUUAACAACUGGUUUAUCAACGCCAGGAGAAGAAUAGUGCAGCCCAUGAUUGACCAGUCAAAUCGAGCAGGUUUUCUUCUUGAUCCUUCAGUGAGCCAAGGAGCAGCGUAUAGUCCAGAGGGUCAGCCUAUGGGGAGCUUUGUGUUGGAUGGUCAGCAACACAUGGGGAUCCGGCCUGCAGGACCUAUGAGUGGAAUGGGCAUGAAUAUGGGCAUGGAUGGGCAAUGGCACUACAUGUAACCUUCGCCAUGUAAAGCAAUCGCAAGGCAAGGGGGAAGUUUGCAGAGCAUGCCAGGGGACUACGUUUCUCAGGGUGGUCCUAUGGGAAUGAGUAUGGCACAGCCAAGUUACACUCCUCCCCAGAUGACCCCACACCCUACUCAGUUAAGACAUGGACCCCCAAUGCAUUCGUAUUUG